CUCAAAAAAUCUUACCUCAGUUUUUACGUAGUUUGUUGGAGAUAAUUACUUUGCACUAUAGUCUUUAUUUCAGUAACAAACCAUUUUUAUAAGGUUUGCUUUAAUUUUAUUUUGGCUGUGGUGUGCAGUGACUUGAUGUGGGAUCUCAGUUCCCAGACCAGGGAUUGAAACUCAGCCACUGAAUUCUAACGUCUAGACCACCAGGGAACUCCCCUUUGUAAGGUUUUAAAGGUUUUAAGUUAAUGAAGUAGUUUUCUGUGCACCAUAGAAAGCACUUCCAGAAUUAAAUUUUUAGUGAACAUUUUAAUUUUCAAAUUUUACCAAGUCUUAUAGAAAGUUACUUGUAAGACAUAUGUUUACAAUAUCACUUAUUGUCAAAGUCUCGUAUUGUGACACACAGACAUUUUAACAUCACCGUGUCAAUUUGCCUUCUUUUCUUCUCCAUAGACUGUCGAUUAUUUGAGUAUUUAUAUUACCCCAAUUCAGGUAAUUUUUUAGUAGUAUUUGUGCAUUGAAUGAUUCUUUCAUGUUUGUUUAUAUGGUAGGCCUUGGCAUAGUCCUGGUGAAUUUGAUAUUUAUAACUUAAAAUUUUAGCUCUGCUGGCUUCAUUUCAUUCAUUUUUUUGAACACAAAAUACUUUGAUAUGAUUUAAAGUGAUUGAGAAUGUUUUCCUUCCAUUUCCAAUAUAAAGACACUGUAUAUCUGCUUGAGGAUUUCAUUCUGUCCAAUUUUUUGGUUAUUCUUCUAGAGAAAUUUUUGUGUGGGGGGGAAGGAAAGUUUAGAGUUUAUUGUAAAAAGACCAAUAUAAGGAGGAUGAGUGGCUUGUGCUCUAAAACCAGGAAGCUAGAGGAUUUUUUAUUUACAAAUGAACUCCCCUUUCCUAUUUUAAAACAUAAUAUUUGUACUGCUUUUCCUUUUGUCUUCAUCUAAUACAUUUAACAUCAUUUGUCCCUCAUGUCACUUAAGGAGAGUUCUCAUUCUUUUUUCCCAGUCUAUAUUGUCCCACUUGGCAGAUAUAUCACAAUUUUCUCCCCUUAAUGUCAACAUUUAGUGGAACAAUGGAAAUGAGUUUUUCUCUACUUUUUCUUUUUCAAUUCACAAAUUAUUAUAUCAUUGAGAAAUAUUUUUGAAUUCUCACAGUUGGGAAGAUGCUUACAUUUUUGAGUUUAAAAACUUUUGUAUUUAUUGUUGCUCUUUGUUUUUAGAUUUAAAAAAACUGUAUUGCGAUACAAACUCUCCUCUUGAGUUUAUUGUUUUUUGAUAGAUUUUUUUUACAACAAAGCUGUCCAUUUUAAUCUCCCAUAGGCAAGAAUGCACUCCAUCUCAAAUACAAAAAAAAAAAAAACUGUUUUGCUUCUCAUGUUGGGGGAUACUUUGUAUUACUGUUAUUUUGUGAGGAUUUUGCAAGUAAAUCAAUUCUGGAGAAGGGUGGGUAUUGGCAUGUUUCCACUGGAAAAGUCUUCUUUUUAACUUGCAUUGUCUGCUUUUGAGAACUUUAUGUACAGUUGGUGACAUUAUGGACAGAUUCAUGGUAAAAUUGACAUUUGACAUGACUUUGAUAUUAGGGUAGCAUUUUUUACAGGUGAAGAUGGAGGUAAUUAAAACACACUUGAACAAAGGUUGUAUUGAGGAAGAAGUGUGACCUAUACUGUCUGCAAAAUAGAAAUAAUAUUGGAGAGUAGUUAAAAAUGACACUAUUAGGAGUUCCCGUCCUUUCUCAGUGGUAAUGAACCUGACUAGUUUCCAUGGAGAACCAGGUUUGAUCCCUGGCCUCGCUCAGUGGGUUAAGGGUUGAGCAUUGCCCUGAGCUGUGGUAUGGGUCUCAGAUGCAGCUUGGAUGUGGCAUUGCUGUGGCUGUGGUGUAGGCUGGCAGCUACAGCUCAUAUUUGACCCCUAGCUUGGGAACUUCCAUAUGCUGAGGGUGUGGCUCUAAAAAGACAACCCCCCCAAAAACCCACUAUUAAUGGUGGGUUUGUGAUCAUAUCUCAGGUCACAUAAAAGUGAUUCUAACAUCUUGGAGUUUCUGCAUUUACUGGAAUCCCAUAAAAGUUGUACCCAUGAAGACAAAUAUUGUGGUAUGUGAAAAGACAGUUGGACUAUAGGCUGAAUUUGAAUAGGGCGGGUCACAUGAGAUGGAGUUAUAAAAAAAAUCCAUAUAGGUGACAUGUAGAAUGUUCAUACCAUUAAAUAAAAGGUGAAAUUCAAGGAUUUGAAUUUGGGGGAUAGUAAUGAUUUCUCUCCAUAAUCUUCAAAUUAUAAUCAAAUUAUUUUCUAGGAGACAUCAGCAUGUAAAGGUAAAAGUGACAAUUAUAACCAUAGGAGGGGGGAGAAAAUGUGGGCUUGGGAAUAUCUUCGAUAAAAGUCUAAUUUGAAAUGUUGGAAGUGGAUGAGAACACUCAAAGGAAAGCAUGUAAGAGCUUGAGGUGGAGAGAAAAGCAUAGUCAUUUAGGAGCAGCUGAAGGAUCACAGCAGAAUAGAACAAGGGGUGGAAAAAUUCCACGAGAUUUUGCAGUGAUGGAGAAAAACGUAAAGGAAAAUAUUUUGCGGGGCACACCCCAGUAUAAGCGGCAGAAAUUAAAAAAUGUCGGAAAGAAAAUGCACUAAACAUUUUAUCUUUCAUUAUUAAAUAAAAUAAAUAUCAUUAAGAGUGGUUGGUGUUCGCUGAACAAAGAAAGAAUGAUGGACUUUAAUAACCCACAAGGUUUAAAAAAUUUUGAUAAAAUUUGUUAAUUUUAAAUUACUCUAUUAGCACAAGAUAUAAUAGCAUAUCCUGUGUCAGAGAUACAUGCACGCAUUUCUUGUCUACACAAAGUAUGUAGUAUGGAUUGCACUUAUAACUACCAAGCCUGGUUUAUAUCACACUUAAAUUUUCUAAACUGGUUGAUAACUGUAUUUACGUUAUUUGGAGGAAUGAUGUUUCCCUAUGAAUAUUUUGGUCCUUUACCCUACUAAUACAAGAAGACAGAUAAGAUAAAACUGACUCUGAAAAUGACAAAUAUGAGAUUUAGUAUUAAAUUAGGACAAAAAUAUGUAUCUUUGUUAUAGAAAUAUAUCUGCAUCUCUAUUUUAAUGUCAAGAACUAAAGCAUAGCACAGUUGUAAAUUCACUUCUUACCUUUUGGAGCCGCUUGAUGUCGCUGUGUACCGUGAAGUCACACUAGUUGUGAUUCAAGUCCAUUUCUCCCUUGACUGCAUCCUUGCUCGAGUGUUGAGUGAUGGCGGGCGCAGGAGAACUGAAUUAACAGACUCGGGAUCAUACAAUAUUUCAUCUUAACGCCGAGACAAGAUCUUCUGAUUGAAAUAAAGCGGCAAGUAUUUGAAAUGGUUAUUACCCCCGAAGGCCGACUGGGAUCCAGGUGUUUGCUUCUUUCGCUUCUGCUCCUCGCAGCCUGGGAGGCGGGGAGCGGCCAUACCCACUACUCGGUCCCCGAGGAGGCCAAACACGGCACCUUCGUGGGCCGCAUCGCCCAGGACCUGGGGCUGGAGCUGGGGGAGCUCGUGCCGCGCCUGUUUCGGGUGACGUCCAAAAGCCGCGGGGACCUUCUGGAGGUAAAUCUGCAGAAUGGCAUUUUGUUUGUGAAUUCUCGGAUCGACCGGGAGGAGCUGUGCGGGCGGAGCCUGGAGUGCAGCAUCCACCUGGAGGUGAUCGUGGAGCGGCCGCUGCAGGUAUUCCAUGUGGAGGUGGAGGUGAAGGACAUUAACGACAACCCGCCUGUGUUCCCAGUAAAGGAACAAAGAGUGUUGAUUUACGAGUCUAGGCUGCCAGAUUCUUUGUUUCCACUAGAGGGCGCGUCGGAUGCAGAUGUGGGCUCAAAUUCUAUCUUAACCUACAAACUCAGUUCCAACGAAUAUUUCGCUCUAGAUGUGAAAAAAAACAGUGAUGACAGUACGCAAAUUGGACUCCUGUUAAGGAAAUCCUUGGACAGAGAGGAAACUCCCGAACAUAACUUAUUCCUCAUGGCCACUGACCAAGGCAAACCUGAGCUCACUGGCACUGUUCAGCUGCUGGUCACUGUACUGGAUGUGAAUGACAAUGCUCCCAGUUUUGGGCAGUCUGAAUAUGAAGUAAAAAUAUUUGAAAACUCAGAUGAUGGAACAAUAGUUAUCAGACUGAAUGCUUCUGAUAGGGAUGAAGGAUCGAAUGGGGAGAUUUCAUACUCUUUUAAUAGUCUUGUUCCACCCAUAGUUACUAACAAGUUUAGAAUAGAUUCAAAUACUGGAGAAAUAGUAAUUCAAGGGAAUUUAGAUUUUGAAAAAGAAAAUUUAUACAAAAUCCGGAUUGAUGCGACAGACAAAGGCCACCCUCCCAUGGCUGGUCAUUGCACAGUUUUAGUGAAAGUUUUGGAUAAAAAUGAUAAUGUCCCUCAGAUUGCAUUAACUUCCUUAUCCUUGCCUGUCCGAGAGGACGCUCAAUUCGGAACUGUCAUUGCCCUAAUUAGCGUAUCCGAUCUUGACUCAGGUGCUAACGGGCAGGUGACCUGCUCGCUGACGCCCCAUGUCCCCUUCAAGCUGUUGUCCACCUUCAAGAAUUACUAUUCACUGGUGCUGGACGGCACCUUGGACCGCGAGAGCGUGGCGAGCUAUGAGCUGGUGGUGACCGCGCGGGACGGCGGCUCGCCUUCGCUGUGGGCCACGGCGAGCGUGUCGGUGGAGGUGGGCGACGUGAACGACAACGCGCCGGUGUUCGCGCAGCCCGAGUACACGGUGUUCGUGAAGGAGAACAACGCGCCCGGCUGCCACAUCUUCACGGUGUCGGCGCGCGACGCGGACGCGCAGGAGAACGCGCGGGUGGCCUACUCGCUGGUGGAGCGGCGGGUGGGCGAGCGCGCGCUGUCGAGCUACGUGUCGGUGCACGCGGAGAGCGGCCAGGUGUUCGCGCUGCAGCCGCUGGACCGCGAGGAGCUGGAGCUGCUGCAGUUCCGGGUGAGCGCGCGCGACGCGGGCGCGCCGCCGCUGGGCAGCAACGUGACGCUGCAGGUGUUCGUGCUGGACGAGAACGACAACGCGCCCGCGCUGCUGCCGCCGCCGCCGCCGUCGCCCUGGCCGCCGCACGGGUGGGCCGGGGGCGCGGGCGGCGGGGCGGGCGUGGUGAGGCAGCGGGUGGCGCGGUGGGUGGGCGCGGGCCAGGUGGUGGCGAAGGUGCGCGCGGUGGACGCGGACUCGGGCUACAACGCGUGGCUGUCGUACGAGCUGCAGGAGGAGGCGGCGGCGGCGCCGGGGGGCGCGCGGAGCGCGUUCCGCGUGGGGCUGUACACGGGCGAGAUCAGCACGACGCGCGCCCUGGACGAGGCGGACGCGGCGCGCCAGCGCCUGCUGGUGCUGGUGAAGGACCACGGCGAGCCGGCGCUGACGGCCACGGCCACCGUGCUGCUGUGGCUGGAGGACGGCGGCGCGGCGCCCAAGGCGUCUUCGCGGCUGGUGGUGGGCCCCGCGGCGGCGGCGGCGGAGGCGGCGCUGGUGGACGUGCACGUGUACCUGGUGGUGGCGAUCUGCGCGGUGUCGAGCCUGCUGGUGCUGACGCUGCUGGUGUACACGGCGCUGCGGUGCUCGGCGCCGCGCGGCGAGGGCGCGUGCGUGCCCGGGCCGGCCCGGCUGGUGUGCUCGAGCGCGGUGGGCAGCUGGUCUUCGUCUCCGCGGCGGCGGCGGCGGAGCGGGUGUGCUCUGGGGAGGGGCCGCCCAAGGCCGACCUCAUGGCCUUCAGCCCCAGCCUGCCUCCGUGUCCAGUAGUGGCAGAUGUGGGCGAGCAUCAGGAUUUAAAUGCUGAUCAGUGUUCCACGCCACGGCAGCCCAACCCUGACUGGCGUUACUCUGCCUCCCUGAGAGCAGGAAUGCACAGCUCUGUGCACCUGGAGGAGGCUGGCAUUCUACGGGCUGGUCCAGGAGGGCCUGAUCAGCAG